AUGGGGUUAACAUAUAAUAGGGAAACUGAUACAUUAUACAGCAGCGACAUGAGCGGUUACGUAAUCGCAUGGGACAUGUCUCAGCUUCACAAAUCUGGCAUUGCAAAUGAUAUAAAACUUAUGACGUUAUGCACUGGCACCAAAUCUGUUUUUCUUGGCAGUGACUUAUCAACAACGAUUCAGUGCGGCAAUGUCGUCAUAUCUCCAAGUGCCCCUGAUCGACGCGGAUCCGAGGAGAACGUUACUAGAAAGGAUAUCUAUUUGAAAUGCUUUAAGAAUGGAGCUCUUGUGACUUUAAACGGUCAUGAAUUGGGGAUACAUCACCAAAAAGAAACCAAAUGUCAGGUGAGAGUGUAA